ACUAUGAUCACGUGCUUUAUAAGUUCCGUGUUUGACAAGAUGGCGGGAAUACAGCUGGCUGGCGAAGUCGGUGUCAUGAAAUGUGCAAUUGUAUUGCUGAUUUUUUGCAUGACAGCUAUUGUCAGUGGACUGCAAUGCAUUGCGAAUGAUAAUAGACCCGUGGAUUGGUUCAUAGGUUACAAGCUACCCGGCUCCUCCAAUGUUCCGGCGAACUCACUCAUGUACCUGGACGCCCGGUCCCAGCGCUGGCAGCUGGUGGCUCAAACUCUUGACCAGAAUAAUCAGGCCAUCUACAACACCCUGAACCAGAUAUACACACCCAGCCAGUCCUUGCAAGUAUUCCAGGACUCUGUGAUGUAUGCCAUGUAUAAUGAUGAGCCGCCAGGGGGCCAUGCCUCUACCUCCCACGGUCACACAAAAGGUGUUGUAGGCUUCGACCCUUCAACAGGUUUCUGGUUGGUCCAGAGUACGCCAAAAUUUCCGCCGGCACGGUCCAGCGGCUACGACUGGCCCGAGAGCGCUCAUACCUACGCCCAGUCGUUCCUGUGUAUUUCUUUGGCUACCAGUAGUAAUCUAAAUGAAAUAGGUAAACAGUUCCUUUACAAUUGGCCUCUGUUUUACGACAAAAACCUACCGUCUGCGUUUGCGUCCAAGUACCCAGAGUUGGCUAAUGCUUUGGCUUCGAAACACGUUCAGACAGGACCAUGGAACCGGCAAACCACGUUGCAUUCACUUGCAGGCGUUACCUUCACAUCAUUUGCUAAGUUCAACAAGUGGGAUCAAGAUCUGUAUGCUGAUUGGCUGGCUCCAACAUUCCAUGACUCCCUGUUGGUUGAGACCUGGCAGAACGGGAUUAACCCAAUGUGUUCAAACUGUUCAGGAACAUACAGGGUGAUGAACAUCAAGGGCCUGCAGUUUUCAUCCCCCAGUAUAGCGUUCAAAGAGACCCAGGACCACGCCAAGUGGGCCAUCACUAACACCACUGGCUCUGCGUGGGUGUGUGUGGGAGAUAUAAACAGACAGGAGUCCCAAAUGACCCGUCCGGGCGGUACCGUCUGCUUUCAAAACCAGCAGGUGCACGCCAGCUACCAGGGGCUGAUCACUCAACUACAGAGCUGUGGAGACCAGGACAAGUGUGUGCCGGCACAUUUUGGGCCAAUCGUUGGAUAGACCAUGGACUGGCGGGCCAAUGGUUGCAUAAGACCCGGGUUGAUAUGUUUUUAUGGUUUCCAGACUUACUGUAAUAUCAUUAUUAUUCGUGGGACAGAAAUUUUGGUUUAAUUUGUAUCUUUACUGAUCCACAAAUUUAACACAUUUGGCCAAAUCAAUGGAUAGACUCUGGACGGUUGAUAGACUUUUAUGGGUCCUGAGGUAAUUUUGGAAAACGUGAUUUUUGUGGACAUUGUGUUUUUAGUCAGGCUUGUCACAAAGCUCUACUUAUUCUAAUAAGUAUACAUGACAUGGUAAAUAGAUAAAUAUGGUUUUAUUACUGUAAAAUCAUUAAUAUUAGUUGGCAGGCAUAUUUUUUUAAUGAUUUCAUGGACAAAUAAAUUCAUGGAUCUUUCAUUUUGGAGAAAACAAGAGUAAUUUCGAGCGGUCAUUGUUAGAUGUGCUUGUGUUAGAUUUCUGGAUAUGUCAACCCACAAUAUCAACAAAAAUUAAUGUCCAACCAAUAAUACUGAUUGGACAGUAUAACAUGACAUGGUAAAUAGCAUAUCAUGAUUACUAAUUAAUAUUUAUUAAGCAGAGGAUUGUUGCUUGAUUUUACAAUUUUUUUUUUUAUACAAGUGUUUAUCGCAUAAAUAAAUAUUUAUCGGGUAAUGUAUUUUUAUUAGAGAAUGUAUUUUUUACUGUGUACAUAAAUUUUAAAGUAUGACUCAAAUUUUUUUUCUACAACUAUAUAUUGUCUGGUACAAGUGUUUUUAUCCAAAAAGUUAAUUUUCAAAUAUGCUUUAUUAUUGUGAAAAUGUAAAAUGUUUGAGUAUGUUUGAUAGAUGUUCUAUAGAGGUAAUUUUAUUGCAUUUCAUGAUUGCGCCUUUGAAAUGUUGCCCUGGUUUGAAGUCUUGUUAUUGAGUCGUUUUAACAAAAAUAAAUUUCAUUUUUGUAUCAAAGUUUCUGAAUAAAAGAAGUUUUUAGUUUUA